UGUAUUUGCGAUUUUACAGGUCGUUUCUGUGGCUUUUACACUGUUUUUGAAGGGACACUUUUAUUCUGAAACAAUCCAAGAGGAAGUGGUGCUUCUCUACAUUCAAGAAGAAAAACAAGCAGGGCGCACGUCAUUUCAUGUUUGGUCAUAAGACAAAGAUGGCAUCAAGCGGUACGAGCAGCGAGGAGGAACAGAGCCUCCGGGAGUGUGAGCAGUAUGUUCAGAAGCACAACAUCCAGCUGCUGCUCAAGGACUGCAUCAUCCAGCUGUGCACGGCCCGACCUGACCGGCCCAUGGCCUUUCUCAGGGACCACUUUGAAAGACUGGAGAAGGAGGAGGCCCAGCAGGUGACUUCACAGCUCAAGUCUAGUUUGCGAUCAGACUCCCAUGAGGAUGAAGUUUCUCCACCCAUGAACCCCGUGGUGAGGGGUCGAAGCCGGAGAGGAGCCAUCAGUGCCGAGGUGUACACUGAGGAAGACGCUGCCUCCUAUGUGAAAAAGGUCAUCCCAAAAGAUUACAAGAGCAUGGCUGCCCUGUCCAAAGCCAUGGAGAAGAACGUACUGUUUGCCCAUUUGGACGACAAUGAGAAAAGUGACAUUUUUGACGCAAUGUUUUCUGUCAACUACAUUGCGGGAGAAACAGUCAUCCAGCAGGGUGAUGAGGGAGACAACUUCUAUGUUAUCGACCAAGGAGAGAUGGACGUCUAUGUGAACAAUGAAUGGGUGACCAGCAUUGGUGAGGGAGGUAGUUUUGGGGAACUGGCUUUGAUCUAUGGGACCCCUCGUGCAGCUACAGUUCGGGCCAAGUCCAAUGUUAAACUGUGGGGCAUCGACAGAGAAAGCUAUAGGAGAAUACUGAUGGGGAGCACCUUGAGAAAGCGCAAGAUGUAUGAGGAGUUCCUGAGCAAAGUGUCCAUUUUAGAGUCUCUGGAUAAGUGGGAGCGUCUGACCGUGGCUGACGCCUUGGAAACCGUGCAGUUUGAGGACGGCCAGAAAAUUGUCGUGCAAGGAGAGCCUGGUGAUGAGUUCUUCAUCAUCCUGGAGGGGACAGCAGCGGUGCUUCAGAGGCGGUCAGAGGAAGAGGAGUUUGUGGAGGUCGGCAGACUGGGACCAUCAGAUUACUUUGGCGAGAUCGCCCUGCUGAUGAACCGGCCCCGUGCUGCCACUGUUGCCGCAUGCGGACCCCUCAAGUGUGUCAAAUUGGACAGGCCGCGAUUCGAGCGAGUUCUGGGCCCCUGCUCUGACAUCCUGAAGAGAAACAUUGAGCAGUACAACAGCUUUGUUUCCCUCUCUGUCUGAGCUCGUCGGCACUCAGACCCUGCUUGUCUCCGCUGCAGGGUCCACCAGCACGUACGCCUGCUUUACGUUCCCUCUUCUGCUCUCUCUCACAUACAGUAUGUUGCCACACCCAUCUGAUCUCCACAGAUCACUUUAAUACUCCUCACUCCUCUUUUUUUUAAUUUCAUAUUUAUUCAUGUUAAUGUUUUCAGAAGAUAGGAUUUGUUUUGAAAGAAUGGUGUGCGUGACUGUGCUCACAGUAAGUGACAACUCAUAACUAAUGUAAUGAUCUCAACAGGACGUAAAGAUAGUAAAGUGAAAUACAUUUAAACUAGAAAAUAGGGACAUCAUAAAAUAUACAGAAGACUUGACAUAUUGUAGACAAAAUGAAACUUGUUGGUGGUGCACCUGGAAGAGGGUUCCAGGUUCGAAUCCCGGUCUGGGCCCUUCUAUGUGGAGUUUGCAUGUUCUCCCUGUGCCUGCGUGGGUUUUCUCCAGGUACUCCGGCUUCCUCCCACAAUACCAAAAACAUGCACAUUAGGUUAAUUGGCUACUCUACAUUGCCCCUAGGUGUGAGUGUGAGAGUGUGUGAUUGUCUGUCUUUGUGUGUUGGCCCUGCGAUUGACUGGCGACCAGUCCAGGGUGAACCGCGACUCUCACCUGUAGUCAGCUGGGAUAGGCUCCAGCUCCCCCGCGACCUGGAUGAAAAAACAGAAGUAAAAAGAUGAGCCAGAGUAAGACGAUAUAAUAAGAAGCUUGCAGAUCUCCACCAGGUGUGGACUUGUGGGUGGGGAACAAGGAGUGCAGGGCAGGCUGUCUGUCCAGUCAGAUUCCAAAGUAGCAGCUGAUCACUUUGUAUCCCCUGCCAGCCACUGAAGCGGAGCACAGUCAGUAAAUCAGGUUUUCAAACGCUGUCAACUCCCUGCAACUACAAGAGGUCCUUGAGCACACCGUCAUAAAAAAUGUGCUGAUGGGACCAGUAGUAUUCAAGAUUAGCUGCAGACACGCACACACGACCAAAUACAUUAUCCCCUCCUUGCUUACUCCAGGUGGUGAUAAUAAUAAUAUAUGUAAGCUAACUAAAAUAACCUGAAAUAUUGUCCCAGUAUUCUUUUCUUUAAGUGAAAGCUUUUGACGGUGUGAAUGCUCAGUUAGUUUAUUAGUUCGCUCUGGAGUCGCUAUGACAAAUGGUUUUAUGCUGACUGAGGAAGCUUUAUGUAGUGGUAUAUAUGAAGUGGUACACCAAAAGGUUUAUUUGUGUGUGUUAAUGCUCUCUCUGUUGUUGUGGAAAUGUUUUUAGCCACGCUACCAAUGGGGUUCUGGGAAAGGCAGUGUUGGUCCAUCGCUUUAGUCUGUACUGAAAUGUCUGAGCAACUUUUAGAUAUAUAGGCCAGGAAAUUUGGUCAUCCACAGUCCCCUCAGAAAGAAUUGUUGUAAGAUGCUGGGCGUCCCCUGACUAUUCAGUUUGUCCAGUGCAUUGGUUAAUGACCAAAUAUCUUCUGAAUUUACAACGUUGUCAUCAGCUUCAGGUGUACUUAGUGCUGAUUAGGAAGUGUUAGCAUGCCAACAUGCUAAACGAAGAUGAUAAACUAGCAUGGUGUUCUUAGCAUUUAGCCUAAAGCACUGCAGUAACCAAGUACAACCACACAGAUAGUGUGGCGGUAAAACUCUGAAGGCUUCUUUGUAGUUGUUUCAUUUGUUUGUUUUUUGUACUUAUUGACUUGGUGUAUGUGAUGGACACACCUUUCUUAAAGGGUUGCCUUGACAUUGAUAGAUGUACUUAUGUACUGCAUCUUGUCACACCAGCGAAGUUCCAGCCGUGCACCUACAACAUGGAGGAUGUUUUUGAACUUUUAUGGAAGAGAAAUAAGGGGGGAAAAAAACAAACCCAAAGUGCACAAUGAUUUUUCAGUAUAACCAGCUAAACUUAAGUGUUGGCUAUUUUUCAUGUUAUGUUUGAUGGUUUUCCUUUCUGAGCACCUAUUGCUUAUUUUAAAUUGAGCUUUCAAGUCGAACAGCUCCAUUUUAGCCUUUCUGUUUAACACCUGUUACAUUUCACUGAAAGCUCUUAGAUUGCUUUUUAAAUGCAGUUAUUUGUUUUGUUUUUAACAUUUAUUUGGUAAAAGUGUAAAUUAGAAUAAUAACAUUUUCAGUAACAAGUCUUCGUUUUAAUUUUUAAAAAAUUAUAUUAUUUUUUCUAUUUUUCUGGGUGAAAUUCCCUCAUGUUGAGCUGGUAUUUGUUAAAGGAUAAUACAAAUACCCAACACAUUCAGAACGUCCUGGUAUCCCUUUAACUCUGCUGACAUCAAAUGUUCUUGUGUUGUUCUUUUUACACCUUUGUUACUAUAUAUUAAAAGUAAAUGACUAUAUAUUUGCACAUUUUGUGACAUACUAUACAAUUAAAAGGAAAAGAUUUGUA